AUGGCUUCCCAAUCAGAGUACCCGCAAUCUGCACCUGCAGAGGACACACCGAUGGAAGAUCUGAGUGAAAUCGACAAUGACGAGCCACUUGUCGAGGAGGAAUCGAUGUUCAAUGAUCUGCGAAUCACAACCCUCCCCGGAGCGGAGGAAGGCUCGGCGUCAUUCGAGAUUAAGGGCGAGGACCAUACCCUUGGCAACGCCUUACGAUACAUUAUCAUGAAAAACCCCGAAGUCGAGUUCUGCGGGUACUCGAUACCGCAUCCUUCCGAGGAAAAGAUGAAUAUCCGGAUACAGAUCUAUCCUGAAUACUGGGAAACCACAAAGCCUUACGAUGUUCUGCUGAAGGGCUUUGAUGACCUCUCUGAUCUCUGCGAUCAUGUCACCGAAGCCUUUACAGCCGCAAAAGACGCCCACGGGAAGCACGAGGAUAAAUAA